AGGGAGGAGGAGCUUCAUCGGCGAAGAUGGUGAAGGUCCGGAUGAACACCGUCGGUGUCGCCGCCGAGAUCAAGUGCUUGCGGCGGCUCAUCGGCAUGCGCUGCUCCAACGUCUACGAUCUCUCCCCAAAGAGUCUGGCGAGGGCGAGGCAAGAGAGAGGCACAAUCAAUGAGGGAGAGAGAGGUGGUCGAGAAGUCCAGCAAGCUCUGAAUCAUUUUCAGAUUCCAAGAUCCAAGACUCUACACACGAGCGGCUCAUCGCAGUUCUGUCGAAUGCAGCGUGGACAACGGUAACGGUGUCGUCUUCAAUUUUAGCAAACAAUUAGGUAAUACGAGGGAUACAUGAAUAUAAGAAAUUCGAACUAUGGGCAAUUGUUUCGCUUUCUUGCAAUGUUAUAUCAAGCAUUCUGAUUCAUGUUAUAUCAUUCUCAUUCUUGCAAAAAGCGAAACAAUUCCCCAUGGUUUGAAUUUUGUAUAUUUUUGUAUCCCUCGUCUUACCCAAUCGUUUGCUAAAAUUGAAGACGACACCGUUGUCCACGCUGCAUUCGAAAGAAUUGCAAUGAGCCCUUUGCGUGUAAAGUCUCAGAUCCUGGAACUCGCAUAUGUCGGCAAGAUCUGAAAAAGAUUCAGAGCUUGCUGAACUUCUCGAGCACCCCCUCUCUCUCCCUUGUUGAUUGUGCCUCCCUCUCUUUUGUUGAUUGUGCCUUUCUUUCUUUUUUUUCUGGAGCGACCAAAUAAAUUCCCCAUAGUUGGAGAGAGCGUUAUAAAGGUGAUAUAUCAGAAUUAGAAUUGUACUUUGUCAUUGUAAAUAAUGAAUAUGGAGAGCAAACAGAAGAGGAGCUGCUUCCCGGGGGAAAAAACCUACGUGUCACUAAUGAGAAUGUCAUUACCUUUAUUCAUCUUGUUGCCAACCAUCGUUUGAACUUUCAGAUACGUCAACAAAGUUCACAUUUCUUAAGGGGGUUUCAGCAGCUUAUACCGAAAGAUUGGAUAGAUGUUUAAUGAGCAUGAACUUCAGCUUCUGAUAUCAGGUUCACUUGACAGCUUGGAUGUCGAUGACCUACGGAUGCACACAAACUAUGUGGGUGGCUAUCAUAGUGAGCAUUAUGUCAUUGACAUGUUCUGGGAUGUUCUGAAAAGUUUUUCAUUGGAAAAUCAGAAGAAAUUUCUAAAAUUUGUGACCGGGUGCUCUCGAGGACCUCUGCUUGGAUUCAAAUACUUGGAACCAUUAUUUUGCAUACAGAGGGCUGGCAAUGGAGCUGAAGGCGCUCUUGACCGAUUACCAACGGCAGCCACUUGUAUGAAUCUCCUAAAGCUUCCACCAUAUAGAAGGAGCAACUGGAAUCAAAAUUGAUGUAUGCUAUAAGCGCAGAUGGCGGCUUUGAUUUGAGCUGAUCGAACUGUGCAUUCUAGUUGCACCGAAUCCUCUGAUCCGUUGUUGCAAACCAUCCUCCAGGGGCAGAGACAGUUCACAUCAUACCGUGUUAGUUUGAUGUCCCUGCUUGGAAUCCGAGUUGUGUAAUAAUCGGAAGGACUUCAAAAAGCCGAUUGAGCGAAGCUCAAACUUGAUGGCUUGUUGAUAUUUGUUUUUCCGGCAAGCUCCCGAGUUGACAUGUAAAUAUGUGGAGGGGGGGGGGGGUGAUCUGCCAAAGUUAUUACAACAGCUCUGUUAAGUUUCAGAUUAUACAUUCUUUGCCAGUCGUGAAUGGCUUUCCUCGACGUCGAUAGGCGAUUAUAUAAAUAGAAAGUGCUUUUAAUUCCUCCUGUUGAAUAUGAUCAUUGGUCUGCAUAAAUAAUAAGAGCUGUUGCUGCACCCUGCCGUGGAAUCGUGUUUUGUAAGACGAGGAAUGUAAAAAUUUCGGAAGUUCUUUCAGUAGCACCACUGUGAGUUGUGGUUAAAGCUGCGGAACGUUGGUGAAGUUUUCACCUUCCCUCUCUUGAUGCUUUUUCUUUCUAUAUUUACACGCCGAAACUUCAAAACGGGCUCUUGCUCCGCUUUGCAAAUUGCCGUGUAAUUCGGAUGAGAAUAUGGUUUCUAUGAAUACAUAAUACAAAAGUGAAAUUCUGAUUUUA